UGCAACGAUGUUUUAAUCAUGUUUUGUGGUUUUAAUAGAAAUUAAACAAAUAAGAUAGUAAUUAUAGAUUUUGUACAUAUCAUUGCAAACUGCAAUAUAUAAUCGGGUACUUAGUGCUGUAGAAGGUAUUUUUUACGACAAUGAAGACUGAUAAUACCGCAUGAAACAUAGAUUUUAAUUAAUGUUCCAACUGUAAAUUUUGUAAAAAAUGUCCAAGUGGACCAGUAAGCAUGCAAUUCUUCGUGAUUUGUGCGAAGCCCAAGGCCAGGUACCGGUGGAAAUAGAUCUUACAGUCUCAGCAGAUGAUAAACCGCCCCCUUUAAAUUUGACUGAAGAGACAGAAGAGGAAUUUUUUAGACAUUAUGGAGAUGGGGAUGUUAUUUCCACUCCAGACUUUGGGCUCAUUAAAGAAAUGCUAGAAAAGGUUAGUGAAGUCAACCUCCACUCUGAUGAAUGUGUUGAAAAUGCACCUGAUGAACUGAAAGACAGUCCCAGGACCUUUGAAGCAACCCCAUGUGCUGAAAACACAGAAACACCGAUUGAAAAGAAGAAGAAAAACAAAAGAAAAGAACGUAAUGUAGCCAUUGAAUCAAUAUUUAAAAUGGAAAAUCAAGAAAAUGCUUUAUUAAAGUUUGAAAGUGCCAAUGAUUUUCCAAAGCUACUUAAACCAAAUGAUUUUAUCUCUGAUGAUGUAAAUAACACUGAAAGUAAUAUACUAAGGUCGGUUAGAGAGGUCCCGCAAGAAAAAGAUUCUAUAAACACUAAACCAAGUAGUAGCAAACAGGCUGUAUCACCAUUUAACUCUCCAAAAGUCAACUUAGAAGCAGUGCCUAUGUUCAAAAAGAAGAGUCCUUCACACAAACCAGUUGAUGCUGUAGAAAAUCUAGUUAGUAAAGCAAGAUGUAAAGCAAGAAGCCAGGACCAUGGUAUAUACAGACCUUCGCAGAUGGCAGAUGAAUAUUAUAAAGAGUAUUUAGAAAGAGUGAAAUUGAAAGAGACCAUCCAUGAAGAUAUUUGGUCUAGAGCUGAGAGACAGAUGAAAGAAAUUGAAUCUAAAAAGAAACUAGCAGCAUCUUCAUCAUAUGCAGCUACUGAAAGUGCAAAAUUAAAUGAAAAUGAAGCUCUCGAUGUUGUAAGACUGCCCCAUCACCGGCACGAGUUGCCGGGAGACUGCGUCGUGUGUCAACUAAUGACCGAGCGCGGCUAUGACUAUAGCUCUAUAGAAUAAUACGUAUAACAAUAAGAAAGUGUCCUAAAAUAUCUUUAAUUACUUUUUGGUCUGUAAUAUUUUAGCGCGUACUCGAGGAACUGCGCGCGCAAUGUUAUACAUAAAUUUUUGAACGUUAUUUGUAUUGUGUAUUGAUAGAUAACAAAGAUGGGGCCUGACCUCAUGUCUCAAGGUGGGUGGCAACAUUCACUUGGUGAUGUUAGUGGGCCCCUAAGGCACGUUAGUGCCUCAAUGACUGCUCAAAACCAGUGAUACUGGCAUGAAAAUUUAUGGAACGUAUAUAUAUAGAAUCGGUUAUAAACUGAUAUUCCUAUCAUUAUUAGAUUAGCUUAAGGUUUUGUCGAUCCUUCGUUACCUUCGUUACAAUAAAAUAAAGGGAUAUUAAUUCGUAAAAUUAAUCUUAAUUAAGGUCGAUAAAAAUCUUUGUACAGUCUUUGAUGGCUGGAAUGAAUUUAUUCUAUUAAAAAUCAGGAGUAUAACUCCUUGGAGAUCUGCUCGAUAUCUUACUAGACCAGUCACGUGUCGGGCCCUUGCGAAAUCUAAGGGCGGGUGAGGGAACUGGCCGACUGACCAUUUCCUUUUCUGCCAUUGAUGAACAGGUGAUAGCUACCGCGGGUCAACGCGACGUGAGGUUGAUGUCGUAAUCGGAAUGACGAUCGCAACAUCAAAAGGGAACGCAUGACCCUGUCCAAUCUAAUGAGAACCAACUUUUAAAGUUAUAGUUUGACGGUAUUUUAAGUUGAAAAUGUGAUCUGUAAUGUAGUAUUGAGAUUAAUGAAGGCCCUAAAAUAUUUAAAAUAUUUCAGUGUAACUGAAUGUCGCGUUAGAAGUGUCCAUUAGUGCAGUCUCGACUUUAACUCCAGUUUGUAUUUAUCAACUGACAAUGACAUUGACAUUGAAAGUGUGUCAACGACUGUUUAUUAUAGUACCUAGUUUAUAGGUUAUUACCGUUAUUUAGAUUAUUCAAUUACGUCAUAUCCCGCUAAUGUAAUGUAACAUUUAUUAUAAAAAAAACUUAUAACGUGAACAAAUGUACCACAGUUUUAAACAUUUGAAAAUUUAGACUAGGACAUUUUAUUUAUUUGUAACGAGAAUAAAG